GGGAGCAACACCACCCAAGCUCCGGCCGGCGGUGGACUCUUUGGCGGCUCAACAUCCCAGCCAGCACAGGUAGGCUCUUUGUUUGGCACAACAGCCUCGCAGCCCCAGACCACAACAUCUUUAUUCGGAGCCACCACAAACACCCAGCCCCAGCAGACCCAGCAGAGUGGAGGCUUGUUUGGAGCGUCGACAGCGCAACCUCAGCAGACGGGCGGGCUCUUUGGUUCUGCUCCUCAACAGCAACAGCAGCAGCAAACAGUCGGUGGAGGUCUAUUUGGAAAUCAGCAAGCCUCUCAACCACAACAGCAAGUAGGCGGUCUUUUUGGAUAUACCACGACACAGCCUCAGCAGCAGCAGGCUGGUGGACUCUUCGGAACCGCUCCUGCACAGCCAGCGCAAACAGGAGGAUUAUUUGGCGCAGCGCCCCAAUCGCAGCCCGCACAACCUGGCAGCCUAUUUGGAACGUCUUCAAUUCAGCAGCAACAACAGCAACAACCCCAAGCAGGAGGAGGACUAUUUGGCAGCUCGACGGCCAACACAGGAGGAAUGUUUGGUCCCGCAGCCGCGGGAGCCUUCGGGCAGGGUGCCAAGCCCCAAGGCUUUGGGCAGGCAAACCAAGGCGUGGGACUGACCAUGGGGCAGUCCGCCAACCAACAACCACAGGUUGUGCCAGGCGUACGCAUAGAUGUGAGCAAUAUUCGCUCGACAACGCGGUUCAAUGACCUGCAGGAGGAUCUUCAGAAGCAGAUCGCCAUGAUCGACGAGGGCAUCCAAAAGUGUAUUAGGGAUAAGGAGGCGGUGGAUGCCUUCCUGCCGGCGCAUGGCGACCAACUGUCAGCCAUCCCGGCCGACGUUAACUUUGUAACUCGAAAAUCCGAAGGAGCAGACGGUGCGCUGUCGGGUGACUUGGCUGCCAUCAACCAACUUCGGGACCUGGUGAAAAAGGACGCAGACAACGCCCGCCUGUCCUUUAAAGCGAUAGACAACCUGCGGUUACCGACACAGUACCAUCAGUCAGGAUUAUGGUCGACCCGCGGCCAACAGGCCGCGACAGGCGCAGGAUCGGCAGACGCUGAUGCCGAGAGCAACUCGGACUUGAUCACCUUUUUCUCUAAGACUUCCGAUGAGAUGGGCGAGAUGAUGAAAAAGUUUGAGAGGAACCUCGGCGAAAUCGAGGUGCAUUUGCAUGGCGUUCAAGGAAACAUGCUCGAGCAGCUGCAACGAGUGGUUGCUCAGUCCAAAAAUGGCAGCCAGGGAGGGUUGGACGAGAGGGUUGUCGAGCUGGCUGCGGUGCUCCGCGAUUUUGAAGAGGGUAUUCUUAAGGUUGCUGGGGUAGUUGGAGGCGUAAAGGAGGGUAUUACAGGAUUGCAACUUAAGGAUUUCAUGGGUUACGGCAUCUGAUAAAUACGGUAGAGCACGGGGGCAAGGACUCGAGGCGAGAGACGAGGCCACCAGGGUAGGAUAUUGGUAGUGAAAUUCUUGUACAAAACAUGUAGGGCCUCAUCUAGUGCCUUAAGAAUACCCCAACGAAUGGUUUGAUUGUAUCCAAGCAUGAGGGCUGCUCCCUUAAUUUAGAUGCAACAGUCUCAUGUUGCGAUGGUACACUCUUCGUUCUUUUCAUCGGAAUGCCCUCAUAAAAAUUGAAAAUGGUAUCUCUGACCCUCUCCGUUGUUG